UGGUCUGAAUUUGUCCAACUGGGCACCCUUACAACGUAAUGCGCUAAACUAGACGUAUACGUGGCGCUGACGUCAGCGUUUAGCGGAAGGACCAGUUCCUUCGUAGGCAGUGGAGUGAUCAAAUAAAGAUUAUUUAUUUACCGGUGAUGUGCCUGAGCAUCCAUGAACACGCGUCGUCGCCACGGUCCUAGGAACAGCCAGGAAGGGGUGUACCUAGGGCCUGCCCAGACCCAGUCACCGCUGAUCCAGUUGCAGGACCCACAACUCACAGCCCCCAGUCCACUCCCACCUGCUCCACUGGUGGACAUAAGCAACAUGUCGGGCAGGGACCGCACCAAUGAGUUCCAGUCAGUCUGCAGGUCACUACAGGGGAGACAGAAUGCGGUCCAGUCCAGCAAGCCAGCCCUCAGUGCAGUCAGACAGCGCAGUGACUUUACACUCAUGGCAAAGAGGAUUGGGAAGGACUUGAGUAACACUUUCGCCAAACUGGAAAAACUCACAAUACUUGCCAAAAGGAAAUCUCUUUUUGAUGACAAAGCUGUGGAGAUUGAGGAGUUAACCUACAUUGUUAAACAGGACAUAAACAGUCUGAAUAAACAGAUAGCACAGCUGCAGGGUCUUGUGCGCUCCAGACAGAGUCAGAAUGGCAAACACCUACAGACACAUUCCAACACCAUCGUUGUCUCCCUCCAGUCCAAACUGGCAUCAAUGUCAAACGACUUCAAGUCGGUGCUGGAGGUCAGGACAGAGAACCUCAAAGAGCAGAAGAGUAGAAGAGAUCAAUUUUCUCAAGCCCCAGCAUCCUCCUCCCAUCUACAUGCCAGCAACUUCGGUAACUCAUUGUUAAUGCAGGACGACUCUAAAAGGACAGCUGAAGUCUCUAUAGACAUGGACUGCCGUGCCAGCCAACAGCUGCAGCUUGUCAAUGAACAGGACUCGUACAUCCAGAGCCGUUCAGACACCAUGCAGAACAUAGAGACCACCAUCGUAGAGCUGGGCUCCAUCUUCCAGCAGCUGGCCCACAUGGUGAAGGAGCAGGAGGAGACAGUGCAGAGAAUUGAUGCCAAUGUGGAGGACACCCAGCUCAACGUGGACAUGGCACACUCCGAGAUCCUCAAGUACUUUCAGUCUGUUUCAUCCAACCGCUGGCUCAUGGUCAAAAUCUUCCUCGUCCUCAUAGUCUUCUUCAUCGUCUUUGUGGUCUUCUUUGCUUGAGGAGCAGGGGGGCACUUGGCUAAGGAUGAGAGAUGGAGGGAUUGUGCUGGAGGAGAGCAGUUUCUCCUUUAUGUUUCAUACUUUCUCUCCUUGUGGUUUAAAGAAAAUACCACUACUAACACACAAUUCUGCAUAUGCUAAGAUGUGGUUAUGUUGAUAAUGAAUAGCUGUAUGGUAGAAAGAAGUUGAAAAAUAUGAUUAUUCUUAUUACCAUCCAUUAAAUGGAGUAAAUAGAUGAAAUCUAUGAUGCACGAUAGAAGACUAUUGCAGUUGGAUUGAAACUAUCUUCUGUUGUCUUCAUGCGUUCUUUCUGUAAUUUGUAGAAAACAUUCCUACUUCUUGAAGGACAGGGUCAAUCCAAAGAGAAAUUGAGUCGGAAUAGGAAACUGGUAGAUUCAUUUGGCCUUAAAAGACCUGUAUGCUGAAUCUCUGAGGGUCGUUACUCCUCACAAUGCACCUCACUGCCAGCAGUAAUACCUCCGUUAGGAUGUUAGGGCUGAUUGACAAGGCCAUGUGAAUGACCUCUGACCUUCAAUCUCUUCUUUGAUGGUUAGGAAAGCUGAUAGGAAAUGUUUGGCCACUCUUAACCUAAACUGUACAUGCAUUGUGUUCCACAAUGAUAUCAUGCACAUGAAAGGACAUCCAUCAUGACAGUCAACUUGCCGUGGUUGACCUGAGAUAGAUGAAUGUACUGUGUAAGUGAAGCAUUGCCAGUACUUCUGGUGCUUUUAUUUUCUCUAGUCAGAUACUGAACUGUAUGUGCACAACUGCUUUGCCUUUUACAGCUACCAUAGAAUAUCUUUGAAUUAAGAUACAUUAUUUUCAAUAAACUGGUAUUUAAAUGAUGUUCAAUCAGAGUCUGCACAUAACACCAAAUGAGUGGUGUUUUACAGACAGAUGUUCUACAUUUUCACCCCCUGCCUCCCCCUAAUACCCCCCCCCACACACACACACACACACACACAUACACACACUUCAUAAAUGUUCAAUGUUCACACAUUUUUUGGGGACUAAAUCUCUGUUUUAUCUAUGUCUCGGAGGUAUCUGUAAAGGUAAAUUUAAUUGUAAUUCAAAUUUGUUAUGUCUCUCCUUUUUGUUCAAGAGAAUGACUUGGAGACACCAAAAAUAUAUUCAAAUAUACAAACUCAUCUGCUAAGCUAAUAUUCUGGAACCCAGAAAUAUUGGAAUGGGCUUUUUUUUAAAACUGUUUCACACAUUUGCUCUUCUCUGUCUCUGGAUAUCUUGGAGGAAGUAUUGUAGGUCACUGCUAAUUUUAUUGAUACCCCUAAUUUCUGUAUUUUAUCAUAAGCUUUUGUUGUAGAAACUGCAAAUGUGUAAGCAAAAAUUAAAAAUAAUUUUAAAAGUUU